AUGGUAGGGAUCAGGGGUACUGGUCGAGCAGGGACAAAUGUUGCCAAAGCUAUUUACAACAAAAUUGCUAAGCAAUUUGAAAGCAGCUCCUUUCAUGCAAAUGUUAGAGAAAUGUCGAAGCAAAACAGGGCUGUUGAACAACAAGAAACACUUCUGUCUCAGAUACAGGAGAGAAAAUUUAUAGCUGGGAAUCUCUAUUCAGGAAUAGAUGCGAUAAGGGACAGAUUGUGCACUAAAAAGGUUCUUAUUGACAUUGAUGAUCGGAAACACUACACAAAUGUGGAGGAACUAUGUCCCAGUGAUGCUCUCUUACAUUUUAGCUGGAAAGCAUUUAGAAAACCCCAACCCUCUGAGGAUUUUAUGGAGCUUUGCCUUGAUGUUGUAAGAUUUUCCAAAGACUUCUCAGCAGAUUCAGAUUGA